AUGGCUCCCCCGAAUUGGUCUCCGAGUAGCCUCGCUCCACUUCUAUUCAUGCUCUGCGUGCCGUCUGCCCUGGCGGAUUCCGCCAGCACCACCACAACCACCAUCACCACCACAAUCACCCCAACCGCCGAAAUGCUACCCUCUCGCCCAACUGGUACUAUCGUAUUUCAGAGUCUGGAGCAAAUCGAAGCUUGCGCCCGGGAAUUACAGGCCGGGAUGUGCCCCGAAUGCUGCUGUAUGUGA